UGGAUUAUUUCAGCCGAUUUUUGAAAGUAAUAGAAAUGAAGAGUACAAACGCCUCUAAAACUAUAGAAGCCCUAGAGAAUAUAUUUUCGGAGCAAACCUAUCCAGAGACUAUAAGGAGUGAUAACGGUCCCCCGUUUUCAAGUGAAGAAUUUGCUCGAUAUUGCUUGGAAAAAAACAUCAAUUUGAUUCGUACGAUACCGUAUUGGCCUCAAAUGAACGGGUUAGUCGAGAGACAGAACCAAGGGAUUCUGAGAACAUUACGCAUAGCAAAGGCCACGAACAGUGAUUGGCGUAAAGCAUUGAAAGAUUAUGUGUUCAUGUAUAACACCUCCCCGCACUCGGUUACAGAAAAGGCUCCUAUGGAGCUAUUGAUGGGUCGGCCAGUGAAAAAUCUGUUACCAUCUCUUCGAACAGAACCACGAUUACUUCGAAAUGAUGAGGUAAGGGAAAGAGACGCAAUAAAAAAAAUGCAAGGGAAACUGUAUGCAGAUAAACGCAGGCAUGCUAAAGCUUCAGAUAUUGAGGUCGGAGACACAGUUAUAAUGCGAAACUACGUGACGGGAAAGCUAGAACCGAAAUUUCGGCUUGAUCGCUUUAAGGUGAUUAAAAAGACCGGUAACGAUACAAUCAUCGCAAACGAUGAAGGUUUGAUAUAUCGACGAUCCGCCAGCCAUCUGCGAAAGUGGCCCUCGCCAGAAUUAACUGAUGUAUGUAAAGAUUUACCCUCAGAACCAGCUAAUUAUCAUUCUUCAGCUUUAGAUCAUCGUAAUCAAACAUCAAAAAACACCACCGAUAUUUCUAAAGAGUUGACACCCGAAACGCAAUCAGAACAACAAAAGUCUCACUUUAAAACAGCUGCACAGGAUCAGUUAUUAAAGCGCCCCAGCAGGACCAGAAUCCGACCACAGCGAUAUAGUCCUUAAAAUAAUUCGGUGUUAUAAAACCGCAAGCUAAUAUGGGCUUGCAAAGUACUUCCUUCAAGGUAGAGAAAGGAUGUAGAGUUCGGUACAUCUCGAGUACAUCUCUGUUGAUAAAAAGAGAAGAGCAAACCAAAAGCAGAGUAGUAAUAAACCAGAGUGUAAACUUAACAAAUGCCACGGGGGCAGAAUAAAUUGAACGGUGCAUCCGGAUGGUCGCAGAUCUGUUGUACUGCCAGAAAAGCGCGUUAUUUUGUGCCCAUUAAAUAUAUCCGAAAACACCUCCCACGUUUCGCAACCAUUACACCGGCAUGUCGAUAUUCGUUACAAACCAUCACAAUGUGAAUAUUUUUCGAACGUAUUUAAUGAGUGGAUGUUAGAAAACGACGUUAGAAGCCUUUUCUAAAUAGAAGAUUUUUUCUAAAUACAAGUAUUUUUCGAACGGAUUCGAUGAGUAGAAGUUGUCGACUUACAGUCGUUUCAACAUCCAAGAUGGCGGGAAUGAGAAUGAGCUGCAUUAUCUUUUUGCUGCGAAUUUCAUUUUUGGUUAUAAACUGUCAUAAAGAAAUUCAUAACGACGUAUUCGUGAUUGUUUUCAUUUCGAUACUCUUAUAAAUCUUAUAUUGCUGCUGUGGAAGCGAUCAAAAAUCGCAGUUUUGUGGUUUUUCAAACAGAAGUAUUUUGGCACAAGCACACCAGCAUAAUGUAAUCGCUUGCCUACUGCUGGUUGUCGCUAUCAUCAAAAUUUUCGAUCGUUCUGAAUUAAAUGCUAGCGAGUGAUGCUGGUGAAGAAAUUCAAGAUAGCGACAGAAUGAAAAUCUUGCACUUUUUAACGAAAUUCAUGAUUUGUUCCGAUAAAUUGAGACAAUAUAAAAAAUUAAGAA